CUUUUCGCAGCGGACGAAGCUACACGGUACGUCUUGUGUGUUUUAUUACUGAAUUCCCAAAUCCAAUUGGAAAUUUAGUAUACAAAUUAUUAAGUUCGACAGCAGACAUAACAUAAAAAAUGUGCAUUGGAAUUAUAAUUAUAUUUUAAACACAUUCGGUUCAGAAAAUGUCCAAACAUUGGUGACAUUUGCCACGUCAAGUUCGUGCAGCAAAAAUACAAGUGAAAGGAGAAAGCAUAAAAACGGAUACAAAACCAUCCAUCACCCGCCUAACUAAUCUAGAAGCUACUUGAAACCAUGGAUAAAGUUGUUAAAUUUUGUGAACCUGGCCGUGCCUUCGCCAAGGACUCCAUCCGUUUGGUUAAACGAUGCACGAAACCUGACCGUAAGGAGUUCCAGAAAAUCGCCAUUGCUACAGCUAUUGGAUUCUGUAUUAUGGGCUUCAUAGGUUUCUUUGUGAAACUUAUCCACAUUCCCAUCAACAAUAUCAUUGUGGGCUCAUAAUAUGUCCAGCGGCUGCAUCAGCUAUUUAUUCAUACAUACAUGAAUUCAUACUUACCUAACGAUAGAUACUUUACAAUACCCUCAAUAUUUGUUUGUAUAAAAACAGCAUUGGGUUUAAUUUUUGUAUUCAUUUAGAAAUAAGAUAUUAAAUAUUUGCAUGUAGAGAGAUUAUAAACGAUUCAUAUCUUGUAUUUCUACCCUGAACACAACAGAAUUUGUCAAACUUGCGGCUUAUCCCGAUAGGUUGGAUCUACGUAGGAUUUUUGUUUAAUAAAAAAUGGACAAAAUCAA